AUGAUUCAUUCGUUCUCUGAUCGAUGGUCUACGAUGGAUAUUGACCUGUGGCUCAGCUUUAUCACGCUCGAAGAAGCCGCACAGAUAUGGACGCGCUUCCAUGACGCCUGCGAGCCCAACAACCUGUUGCUCCGGAGGGGCGUCGGCUUCGACCAGGUCGAGAGCUGGGCCAAGGAACAUGACCGGCGGACACUUACGCAGGCCAUGGGCCCUCUAAAGGACAAGUCGGACCCGAGCUGCCGUUACCGCGUCAAGUCGGCCAAGCAGUGGACGCGUUACGUCCGUGCUGCCUCAAUUCUGUUUGCGCUGUACAUCAGCACCGGCCGCGAGGUGGUUGUGCUGACACCACACCCACCGCAGCGGCUCAAUCCAAACCAUACGUCGUACUGUCAGAACAUUGAAGAGCCGCGGCUCACUUCCUACUGCGACGAGAACGAGUUCAAAAUCAUUUUUGCCCACCCGAGGACCAAGGCAGUCAAAGAUUACAUCUACCAGUACUGGCCGUUGGACUGCGUUGCCGAGUGGACGGCGCAGUUUCCGGGAGCGCGAAAGGCGCAACGCUGGGAAAACCAUGUCUGGGACGAUGUGAAGCGGUUGGAGCAUCAACCAGGCGAGCUUCAGCAGAGACGAAAGAGUAUCCUGGAGAACUUGUAUCUACACAGAACCGGCGCAUCCGUGUCCUGGCCUGUUGCGGCCCCGGCGAAUGACACGAGAACUAUUUACGUCAAAGAGAAUACCUGUACGAAUGCCGAGCAAGGCUCUCUGCCGACGGCAGCCGCUGGCCAGACCGCGACGGCCGAGACGCGACCGAAGAAACUGACAAAGUCGGAGAAGAAGGAGGGGCCAAACGGAAACAAGAGCAGAGCCUUCUGGAAGAGCAGAAGUGCCAAGAGACAAGGAAGAAAGGAGGCACAGCAAAGGAAGGAAGAAAGGAAGGGGACAGAGUGGCAGAAAAAGGCAAAAGACAGCACGAAAGCCGAGGGGAAGAAGGAAGCCACGCGGAAGAGGAUGGCAGAGGAGAAGCAAAAGGCCGAGGAGAAGAAGAGGGAGGCCAAGGAGAGGUACAGAGAGCUCAGGAACAAGGCCGUGAAGAUGUGGGAGGCGGAACAGAGGAGAAAGGCAGAACGCGCGGCUCGAGAGACGAAGAGGCUAAAGCUAGAAGAAAAGGCUAAGAUCACAAAACCCAACGCCAGGGCCAAGACGAAGGCAAAAGUGGUUAACACGACCGAGGAGACGUGA